AUGCCUCCUCUACCACACCAGGACGUUGUCAAAAAUGCGUACAUUGUUAAGCAUGACUUCACCGAUGAAUCAGGAUUAAUGAAUGCCUGCAAACGUCAAAACGCAAAUUGUAAACCUCGCCUGGAUCUAAGCAUGAUAGGCGCGACAUCAGUUACGUGUGAUAGUGAAGAUGAUAUUCACAAACUCUGUAUGGCUAGUGAAAUUAAGUCCGCUCAACCGGUGGUCAAAUUGGCACCAAACUCACUUCGGGUAUUUUUUGCUGAUAAUGUUACUGGAGUUGCUGCAACUAUAUCAAAUUUAAAGUUUACUGGCGAGGGCAUCAAGGUUGGUAUUAUAGAUAAUGGAAUUGAUUUAAAUCAUCCGGCUUUUGGUGACUGUGAUGGGACUAUUGGGGGUCCUGGAUGCAGAGUUCAAUUUGGUUUUGAUUUUAUUGGAAAUGGUACUCCUGAAAAUCCUAUGCCUAAUCCUAUCCCUCAAGAAACUUGUGAUGGCCACGGAACUCACGUGGCUGGUAUAGUUGCUGCGGAUGAUCAUGUUAAAAAUUUUACGGGUGUCGCUCCCAAAGCAACGCUUGGCAUAUACAAAGUUAAUAGUUGUGAUACCGGAACAUCAGAUGAUAUUAUUAUCAAGGCAAUGCAGAGAGCUAAGGAAGAUGGAAUGGAUGUCAUUAAUCUUUCUCUUGGUCAUAAUUUUGCUUCUUGGCCGGAGGACCCUCUGGCAAUUGCGGCUUCUGCAUUAGCGGAUAGUGGUAUAAUCACCGUUAUUGCUGGAUCUAAUAGUGGGGAUUCAGGCAUCUUUACCCUGGGUUCACCGGAUUCUGGAAACAACGUCAUUACGGUCGGCUCUACUGAAAAUUUCAAGUUCUUUACUUUCUUCUUGACCUUGAGCACUAAUCCAUCAAGAAAAAUUAUUUAUUCAACAACUCGAAUUACUCUUCACUAUGGUUUGUUCGGUCCACUUCCUAUUAAACCAACAAGCGACGUACCUCUUACAGCAGAUGAUGCCUGUCAACCUAUCUCCGAAAAUUUUGAUGGUUUCAUUGCUUUAAUCGCACGAGGCGGAUGUAGCUUUAAUCAAAAAGCCGGCAACGCUCAAGAUGCGGGUGCAGUUGGUGUAAUCUUUUACAAUAAUAACCCAGCACAAUCAUUUGCGAUAGAUGUAAAUUCAACAAACCCGGCUGCAAUGAUUUCACAGGAUGAUGGAUUAUUCAUUUUAGAUCAAAUUAUCAGUAAUCCCUCGGUAACUGUCUCAUUUCCAAAUGAAACGAUUAUUGCUGACUCGCAAAUUGGUGGUCAACCUCUAAAUUCAAGUGGAACGGGCCCAACUUUCGAAUUGGACACGAAACCAGACUUUUUGGCUCCCGGAGGUCGUAUGUUUAGCACUUUUCCCAUAGCUUUUGGAUCAUAUGCAACAUUAUCUGGAACAUCAUUUGCCGCAGCUUAUGUAUCUGGAGCUUCAGCACUUUUUUUACAGGCAAGAGGAAAAACCGAUCCGAAACGUCUUCGAGACAUUUUUCAAAUCACCUCAAAACCACAAGAAAUGAAAGACCUGAAUCAACAAUCACUUGGCAUGCUUCACUCAGUAUCUAAACAAGGCGGUGGUGUUAUUAAUGUUUUCGACGCGAUAGAAUCCGAAGUUGUAAUUACACCCGGAAAAUUAGCACUUAAUGACACACCACAUUUUAAUGGAACUGCUUUUUUCCAAAUUACAAAUAUUCAUCGUGAUACCGCAGAAUUUGUUAUUUCUCACAGACCUGCAGCUUCAGCGAGAGGAUUUUUCGGUGGACAAUUAGUUCCAUUAGCUGAUACGUUAUUUGACCCGUUUUUCGCUACAGUUGAGAUUUCACCUUCGUCGAUUAGAUUAGGACCUGGAAAGUCAACUACAAUUAGAUUACGUAUAACACCACCUGCUCAAUUAGAUCCUCAAGAAUUUGGAGUAUAUUCCGGAUUCAUAGUUGUUAAAAAAAUCGGUAAAAAUGAUCACGGCGAUGAUCACGAUGAUGAUCACGAUGAUCACGGUAAAGGUCACGGUAAAGGUCACGGUAAAGAUCACGAAAACGAUCACGAUAAAGGUCACGGUAAAGGUCCCGGUCACGGUAAAGGUCACGGUAAAGGUCACGGUAAAGAUCACGAAAACGAUCACGAUAAAGGUCCCGGUCACGGUAAAGGUCACGGUAAAGGUCCCGGUAAAGGUCCCGGUAAAGGUUCCGGUAAAGGUCACGACGAAAACGAUCACGAUAAAAAUCACGGUAAAGGUCACAGUAAAGGUCACAAACGUUAUAAACGUUUCGAUGAGGAUAGUGAUAAUAAUAAUGACGAUUUUGAAAAUAAUGACGAUUUUGAAAAUAAUGCCGAUUUUGAAAAUAAUGAUUUUGAAAAUAAUGACGAUUUUGAAAAUAACGAUGGUCAUAAAAACAAUAAUGAUAAUAACGGUGAUCGUGAAAACAAUAAUGAUAAUAACGGUGAUCGUGAAAGCAAUAAUGAUUAUGAAAUCAACGAUAAAGGUCUUAAAAACAAAGAUAAAAAUCGUCAAAACAACGAAUACGUAGUCCCGUACCUCGGUCUAAAAGGCGAUCUUCGUACAUUCCCAGUGUUAGGUUUAGAUCCUGCAACAAAUUCUCCAUUUAUAGUUGACAAUAGAGACGGCAACCAAUUUUUCGAUGAAAACGAAAGUGCAACAUUCACAUUUGAAGACGAUAGUUUUCCAACUUUAGUUUAUACAAUGCUUUUCGGAUCACCAUUAAUAAGGGUAGAUUUGGUUGAGGCAGGUACUAAUAAUAUUGUUGGUAUAGUAUUCCAAGAUACCUUUGUACGCAGAAAUGAUCAGUUCAAUGGCGAUACAUCUUUCUUUGAUUGGAACGGAACGGCCUUACAAGAUGGUUCUACUACACCGACACCAGUAGAAGACGGGUCAUAUCAAUUCAUUCUUAAUGCUUUACAUGUGUUUGGAGAUCGUAAUAAUGAUGCCGAUUUUAUGAAGUGGCGUUCUCCAAUUCUUGUGGUUGAAAGGGGUUAA